AUGGUGACUUCCAGGGGCAGGGCCUGCUCUGGGAUUCACAGCCCCCCCCAGGGACUGCAGUUCGAGGUCGUACCCUCCCACUUCCAGGAGUCCCUCGAGAAAGCGAGAUUUCCGGCUCUGCCCGAAUAUGCCCGGGAGACAGCAAAGCUGAAGGCUCUGGAGGUGGCGUCGCGGCUGCGCAGGGACCUGCACCCGCCUGAUAUCAUUAUUGGAGCUGACACCAUCCUGGCCGUGGGUGGCUUCAUCCUGGAGAAGCCAAAGGACAAGGAUAAUGCCUACAGGAUGCUGUGCAGGCUGAGUGGCCAGCAGCACAGUGUCAUCACCGGUGUGGCCAUCUUGAGGCCACUAGGCGGAAGGGGCCCAGAAGCAGAAGUGGAAUUGUUACUGUUCCACAAAGAGACCUGUGUGACAUUCUCGCGGCUAUUGGAGCCACUGUUGUGCGAAUACGUGGAGAGCGGGGAGCCUCUGGACAAGGCUGUCGCCUACGGGCUUCAGGCGCGAGGCGGUGCCCUAGCAGAGCGCGUGGAUGGGGAUUUCUUCAAUGCCGUGGGGUUUCCACUCUACCACU